ACCAACUGCAUCUUAUAUCUACGAUGAACUAUCAAGAUGGUAUUAUAUAGUAUGCAAUAAUGCAGCAAAGGAUAAAAAUGGAUUAGAAAUAUUAAAAGAAUUUCAAUCAGCCGAUACAAUUCUUCCAGCAUUAUCAAACGAAUUACCAAUCUGUCCUAAAGAUAAGCUUACAAGUAAACUGCUUAACUUUAAAAAUCUUUCUAGACCAGUUAAUUCUUCGUUUAUUUCACCUGUGAAAUUGCCAAAAAUUUGUGGUAAAUAA